GCAAUCUUACUAAAUCGUGCGCCGAGAGAGGAUUGUGAAUUGAAAGUCCGUGAGUAAAACGUUCUACUAUAGACACCGGAUUCGUUCCGAGUCGCAGUUGCAUUUCCCAGAAUUAACAGUGUCACCUUCUGUGCCAGUGCGUAUAAAGGUUGACGACACGGUUCUAUUAAAAGGAAACACCGUUGCCCCCCGUCUGUCCAAUAUCUCUUCCGCGAGUGUAACCAAAAAUCAGAAAAAUUAUGAUGAAACCGAUUUUCUUUGGCGUCGUUGCCCUGAUGUUUGCCGUGGUUGUCAUGCAACCGGAGCAAGUCUCGAUGCAGGCAGCAGAUGGAGCUACCGCGACAGACAGCGAAAAGUGGAAUUAUAUGCAUAAAACCUGUUCGUCGAAAUUGCACGACCAGAUCAACAUGGAAUUCGGAGCUUCGCUGUUCUACCUGCAGUAUGCCGCCUAUUUCGCUCAGUACAAAGUCAAUUUGCCCGGAUUCGAGAAAUUCUUCUUUAAUGCCGCCUCCGAGGAACGUGAACAUGGCAUCAAGCUGAUCGAGUACGCUCUGAUGCGUGGUGUAACACCAAUCAGCGAUUCAUUCAACCUUGCCGCAAAUUACGCAUUUGAAGGGGAGCCAGCUGCAGUGAAUGGAUCGGUAGCGCUUGCUGCGCUGGGUAAAGCCCUUGCCAAGGAACAGGAAGUCACCAAGAGCAUCCGCGAGCUUAUCAAGAUUUGCGAAGGAGACUUGAACGACUAUCAUCUGGUGGACUAUCUGACUGGCGAAUUCCUGGAAGAGCAGCACCAGGGCCAGCGUGAACUGGCUGGAAAGAUUUCAAUGUUGAACAAGAUGCUGGUCACAAACCCCGAGCUUGGAGAGUACAUUUUCGAUCAACAGAAUAUGUAAAUGAAUAAACAUCUUCCGUUUCAAUAACA